UAGCAUACUAACAUCUCCCAUUGUGGAUCAUGAAGAGGAAGCUCUCAGAGAGGCCUUCAGUUAGGGGGUCAACUCUCAGUGUGUAUUUUGGACUAUUUCUGGGCCUUAGUGUCACUUUCUUGACAUGAGCUCUAACACCCAGAUCCCUAAUCCAAAUGUACAUGAAAAGCUUGCACUACAAUACGGAGCUGAACUGCCCCCGAUACACGCACAACCUUACAUAUUCUUCAUAAACAUUAGAUGUAGGCUCAGGCCUGUGUUUUGAAUCAUCAGCUGACAGAUGGCAUUGUCAUAAACAGCUCAGUUUUACUCGAGUCUCUCACCACCUUUUUUCAGCACCUAUUUGAGUGUUUCUCAAACUGUCUCAUAACAGCACAUUCCACCUUAUAUGAGAUUAAUUUAAAUGAUGAAACAGCAUUUGAACGCACCACAAACAGUUCACUGAACCAUUUCUGGCUGUGAAUGAAUAAGAAUUGACUGACUGUGAUUUAUGAGGUGUGGGACUCUUGGCACUGUUUGUGCUGAAUCAUGUGGAUAUCGAACAAUGACUGGCUGGACAAAACUGACAACUAAUGAAAUAACUUUGUGGGAGUGUGACACCCCGGGGUGGGGGGAGGCUACACGGUGACCCUUCAUUUUAGUCUGCUGGGCCUAUGGCAGGACGAUCUGCAGGCUGGCUUGGACACUGUGGGUACUGUUGGCAAAGUUUCCACCCCGGGGCGUCCCGUAUAUAUUGAGCUCAUCGUGCCAUCACAAACACACUGGCACAGACAGUUUCAUCCUUGCUGAUCCAUUCACUAUGGCCACAGACCACCAGAACCCUGCAUCCAAGCAGCAGCAGCCAGGCACCAGUGCGUUUAAGCUGGUUAUCUAUGAGCAGGAAAACUUCCAGGGAACGUGCCAUGAGCUGACUGGUCCCUGUAACAACAUCCAGGAAGCAGGCGUGGAGAAAGUGGGCUCCAUACUGGUGCUGUGUGGACCAUGGGUGGGAUACGAGCAGGCCAGCUGUAAGGGGGAGCAGUAUGUGUUUGAGAAGGGGGAGUAUCCUCGCUGGGAUUCCUGGACCAACAGCAGGCGUAGUGACACCAUUGUUGCAUUCCGCCCGAUUAAAGUGGACAGCCAGGAGCACAAGAUUGUCCUUUACGAAAACCCCAGCUUUGCAGGGAAGAAGAUAGAAAUCAUAGAUGACGAUGUGCCCAGCUUUCACGCACACGGCUACCAGGAGAAGGUCUCCUCUGUUCGGGUUCAGAGUGGCACUUGGGUGGGCUAUCAGUAUCCAGGCUACAGAGGCUAUCAAUACCUGUUUGAAAAGGGGGAGUAUAAGGACAGCACUGAGUUCGGAGCCCAGAUUCCUCAGAUCCAGUCAGUUCGACGCAUCAGAGACAUGCAGUGGCAUCAGAGGGGUGCUUUUCACCCCGUCAACUAAGCUUGUGACUCUUUCCUGUCAUGAACCCUGACCUCAGCAGCCUUGCUCCCUUCCAGCAGCAACUCCUUUGUCCUCCAUUUACACCAUACAGCAUUUUGAUAUCUAUUGCAGCUGUUGCAGUAGUGACAUUCUUUGAAGCAAACUAAUAAAUCCUUAUUGCUUACAUGUGACUUGGUUGUGUGAUUUACAUCUGUUUCGCCCUCUGCUCAAGCUCUUUGCCAGACUUCUCACCAACAUCUUAAAGGGACAUCACAGAUGGGUUUAAA